AUGGCCACUAUGACUACCACCACUACCACUGUUCCACCUAUCAAUCAAGCUUCUUUCAGGCUGAGUGGCCCAUAUGGAGAUUGGAGAGACGACCUUCACGAUCAAGGCUAUGCAAUCAUCAAGAAUGCCAUCGAUCCUGAAAGGGCCCAGGGCUAUCAGCGAAAAGCCCUGGACUGGCUCGCGUCUUUCAAUACAGCGUUCGACCUUGAUGAUCCUUCCACAUGGACCAUAGACAACUUGCCUGUUCAAAGCAAAGUAAAUACAUUCAAUGGAUAUUCUGUUACUCAUGAAAAAUUCAUGUGGGACUGUCGCAUGGAGCCAAAGGUAUUGGAGGCAUUCGCCAAGAUCUGGGGUACCGAUGAGCUACUUGUCUCGUUUGACGCACUGAACAUCACUUUGCCCAACCGAGAAGACAAGCCUGCCCAAAAACCAUGGCCCCACGUGGAUCAGUCGCCAAUUCGUCGCGGGCUCCACUGUAUUCAGGGAAUUAUCAAUCUAAGCCAUGCGGGUCCCGAAGAUGGGUCCCUUAUGGUGUUCCCGCGGUCGAACACUGUAAUCGAAGAUUUCUUUGACACUGAGACCGAUCCAUCCACCUGGGAGCAGAAGGACAUACGCCUAUUCAGCGAGGAAGAAAUUCAAUGGUUUGUGGAUCAUGGCAUGAAACCAAUCAAGGUGCUCGCGGAACCCGGUGAUUUAAUCGUGUGGGAUUCGCGCACUGUGCACUGGGGUGGGGAACCAACAGUGAACAGCAACACGAUCCGAACGGUGAUUUAUGCGUCAUAUGCACCUGUUAAGUUGGCCACCGAGGAGACCUUGAAACGGAAGAAGGAAGCCUUUGAGUCAUACCGAGCCACGACUCAUUGGCCACAUGAGAAUAUAGUUAUACGUGAUGAAGUGGUGUAUCUCCCGGAUGGUACCGUUGAUCCUCGCAAUCGUUCUGUGCCAUUGGAAGUGCCAGAGCACACAGAUCGAUUGCUUCAACUAGCAGGAGUAAAGUCUUAUCGGGUGCAGGAUAUCCCGGCUGAAAUCCUGCUUCGCUUAACCCAUCUGGAAACCCUGAUCGAGCAACAGAAGGACGCCAUUACAGAGCUCUCUGCUCGAGUAGGCUCUUCAUCCGAUCAUAUGGGUCGGUCGACUUCCGCUGUCUAUUCGUCACAGCCAAAAUACGACUGGGACCCAUCAUCGGAUCAUGUAUACGAUAAAUCCUCUUUCACCCUCUUUUCACCAGAGAAUCCAUACGGCCAUGAAUAUGCAUUCACUAUUCCUCCCGGUCACCAUACACCAACAGGAAGCCUAUUUUCGUUGGAUCGAAUCAAGAAUUUGGUUGGCGACUACCCUCAAGACUUUUUUAAGCAGAUAGAGAAAAAGCGCCCAUUCAACAGUAUCCAGGUCCCAGGUAUACCCCAGGCCUUUGAACAGAUCGACAGAUCCCGACUGCAUCCCCAGGUUACCAAACCUCUGAUCUCCGAGUUCCUCAACCAUGUCCAUCCGUACUUCCCAGUUCUCGAGCCGCAGUUGUUACAUAUGCUCUUUGACACUUUCUCCUCAUACACCAAGGUUAACAGCAUCCAAACUUCACUUUACCUCGUCAUUUUGGCUUUAGGAAAGGCCUCCUCGAAUCCUCAACGCAUUUUUGAUAUCGAAGCGGAGAAAGAUCUGAGUGGGAUGGAAUAUUUCGCGUCCGCAUAUAACUACUUGAACAAUCCCUUGAUAACGUCCUUUACGGCGGACCACUUGUUGCCUUUGGCUUUAUUCUACGGCUCUAUGUAUCUGCGUCACAUAGGGCGCCCAAUUCAAGCAUGGCAAAUGAUUCGGGAUGCGUCUGGUAGUGUGCAGAUCAUGAUUUCCGAACUACAUGACAUGAACACGCAUGAAGAACGAGCUAGUCUCUAUCGGACUGCCUGGGGCUGUUUUAUUCUCGAAUGUGACGAUCUCGCAGAGUUUCAUUUCCCUCCCAGUGGUAUUGAGCUCCUCGUCGAUAGAUUGCCCUUUCCUCGAAUUUCGGAAGAUAGCCGAAACGGUCAUCUUGUUUUCCUUGCAAUGUGCUCAAUUCGAAAGCUUCUCAACCGCGUGCACAGCGCUCUGUAUGCAAAAUCCAACCAGGAUAAUUUCCAUUCCAGCCCUCCGCCACAACUCACAGGUGAUACCCCGGCUGCAGCUCCGCAAAAGUAUUCGAUUGCCUCUCUCAAGACCAUCAGCGAGGAGCUCGAUCGUCAAUUAGAGAACUGGUUUGACUCUCUCCCAAACCCCAUCAGGCCAACCCUAGGCAAUUCAAUAUCCGCGGAUCACACUUACGAUACAUACAUUCUCGCCCGGUACUAUGCCACAAAACACAUCAUCUGCCGCCCGAGUCUUGUUUUUGCUGCCCACACUCAGGGCAGUACGGUAUUGCCGGAGUUUGUUUUCGCAAAUUGCAAAAAGUGCGUCGAUAGCUGCCGCAAGUUCGUCUGGGCAGGAUCACUUCUUCUGCGCAAAAGAACACACUCAAACUGGCAUAGAAUGCAAGGAAUGUUGGCUGCCAUUUUCACUCUCUCGACUGCGAAAACCACGCCGGCUUUGGAAGCCCUUGUUCCGGACUUUGACGAUCUGGUCAAAGAAGCAAUUCAAUCCAUUGAGCCAUGGGCGCAGCAUUGCGAAACAGCGGAUACAGUUGUCAGCAUGUUGAAGACAAUCCGUCAGAAAGAUAUGCCUCCACCACAACUGACGAGCGUGAUUAAGUCCAUUCGUGGUGUUCGAUUGGCAGGGGAGCCGUCCACCUGGGAUAUCCAGAUUGAAUACCAUGCAGACUCUCCACAAGGCACAAUCACCUCUGUGACCCCGCAUGAACCCACUAUCAAGAAUGAUUUCGAGUCACCUCUAGCUCUACCAGCCUUGAUACACCCUCACAUUCACCUAGAUAAAGCAUUUAUCCAUAGUGCACCUGAGUAUGCCCCAUUUCUACCUACAGCAGGCACGUUUCAGGAGGCUUUGUCCUCCACGACCAAGGCUAAACAACAAUUCAGCCAUUCCGAUAUCAUUAAAAGAGGAGAGUGGCUCCUUGCUGAGUCUGUUGCAUCAGGAGUCACUGCAAUGAGAGCAUUUGUGGAGGUAGACCAUACUGUGCAGCUUAUUUGUUUAGAAGCCGCUGUUGCUUUGAAAAAUCAAUGGAAAGAUUCUUGCGAUAUCCAAAUCGCUUGUUUCGCGCAAGAUCCUAUAUUCUCCAGUGAGCACGGGAAGCAAAACAUGGACUUUCUGGAAACCGCUCUUGAUAAAUAUUCCCAAAUUGAUGUUAUUGGGACAACACCAUACGUCGAAUCCAAUCCCGAGGCUGCAAAGCAAAACAUCGAAUGGGCGAUUGAUCGUGCCUUGAAGCUGAACAAACACGUCGAUUUCCAUCUUGAUUACAACCUUGAUUCAACCAAAGAGGCCCUAGUUUGGCAUGUCUUACAGACCCUCAAACAACGAAGCUGGACCACCGACUCAACAAACAAGCGCGUCAUGCUUGGUCAUUGUACACGACUGACAUUGCUCACGGAAAACGAAUGGGCUCGACUGGCAAUUGAAAUCCACGAGAAUAAACUCCCAGUCAGCUUCGUGGGUCUGCCAACAAGUGAUAUGUACAUGGCAUCACCUCCCAGAACGAGCGUGGACUCCAAGUCUCCGCAAGAUCGCCCGAGGGGUACUCUACAAGUCAUAGAAAUGAUCCGGAAGUACAACCUGGAUGCAGUGAUUGGGGUGAAUAAUGUUGGCAAUUCAUUUACUCCAUGGGGUUUGCCCGAUCCAUUAUCGUUGGCUUGCCUAGGCGUGGGAGUCUAUCAGGCUGGAAGUCAGGCGGAUGCGGAGCUGCUUUAUGAAUGUGUUUCGACACGAGCCAGGGCUGCUAUUGGGCUCUCGCCAUCCCAUUCGGGUCUAUGUGUAAAGCAGGGGUGUCAACCAGACCUGUUACUGGUCCAUAAUAGAGAUGACACUGGGUGUGGUGUGUCUCGGUCGAGAACAAAUGUUGCGGAGUUUGUGUGGACUCCGCCGGGAAAAUUGAAUAGGGAUGUGAUUUGUGGUGGACGACUUAAGAUUUCUCCGUGUGUUGUUGCAGAUUCGGAUACUUUGUAUCAAUUUUGA